AUGACUUCCGUGAAUAUGCUCAUUCCAGGUAUGAUGUACCGUCUCCCAAAGAGCGCGCAACUAACUCAACAACCAGACUCUCCCGAGUCAGAGCGAGUGCCUGCUGGCAUUACACCCGAGGCACGCGUUCUGAUCGUGAUGACAGGAGGCACCAUCUGUAUGGAAAAGUCCGAAUAUGGCCUAAUUCCGGCCAGAAAUUUUCUUGAACGCUGUAUGGCAACCAGACCAGAAUUCAAUGAUGGAACUGUGCAGGAUGGUAUUGAAGUAAGGAUUGAGGUUAAAGGGUCGAUCACCUCCAAGAAUAUCCGAAGUCUUCGAACGCCUCUCAGUUCGUAUGGCAAACGUGUCAGAUAUGCGGUCCUUGAGUUUGAGGAGUUGCUUGACUCGUCUUCAAUCGACAGCACUGGCUGGGUGCAGAUCGCCGAAACUAUCCACCGCAACUACAUGCUCUUCGACGGGUUCGUCGUACUUCACGGGACUGACAGCCUGGCGUACACUUGCUCUGCGCUAAGCUUCAUGCUGCAAAACUUGGGCAAACCAAUCAUCUUCACGGGAUCUCAAGUUCCUUUUUCUGAGCGAAAAAAUGAUGCACUUGAGAACUUAUUGGACUCUCUAGACAUUGCUGGACAUUUCAUGAUACCAGAAGUCUGUCUUUGCUUCAAUUCGAAGCUCUUUCGGGGCAACAGAACUACGAAAAUAUCGGCUAGUUCCUUUGAAGCAUUCGGAUCGCCCAACAUGGCGCCUUUGGCCACUAUCACAGCCAUGGAUACCUCGGUCAACUGGAAUUUAGUAUCCAGAUCCACAGCUCUGCAACCUUUCAGCAUCCAAACAAAUCUCGAAAUACAUCAUGUCGCCUGCUUGAGGAUCUUCCCCGGCAUCAAAGCGAAGAUGCUUGACGCCGUACUUCAGACAGAGAAACUGAAAGGACUUGUACUGGAGACGUUUGGAGCGGGCAAUGCUCCCAGCGGCCACGACAAUGCUAUGCUCAAAGUCAUAGCCGACGCCGUUGGACGAGGUGUGGUUAUCGUCAGUGUGACCCAAUGCUUGACAGGCAGCGUCAAUCCUGUUUAUGCACCCGGAAUGGUCCUGAGCAACGCCGGCGUGAUCGCUGGCAGCGACAUGACAACCGAAGCUGCCCUAACGAAACUCUCUUACCUGCUUGCCCUUCCUGGAGCCACACCUGAGACCGUUGCACGAGACAUGGCCAUAUCCAUCCGAGGCGAAUUGAGCGAACACUCUGGCACCAUAUUCAAGCACCCACUGGGAACGCUCAGCGAUCAUGUUACCAAUCUGACGGCAAUCGCCUACGCGAUUGCCAGCGGUGACAUAGACAAGAUCAAGGAUAUACUCCGCGAAGACCCAGCUCUUCUCAGCCGACCAGAUUACUCAGGAAACACUCCGCUACACCUGGCAGCAACCGGGCCAAAUCUGCGAAUCCUCCGAUAUCUACUCCAGCAGGGAGCUUCGGUGCACAUGAGGAAUUAUACUGGCAGUGGACGCACCGCGCUCUUUCUCGCAGCAAACGCGGGACGCACUUCGCACGCGUUAUUGCUACGCUCGGUGGGCGCCCAUCUCCAUGCGGAGGAGCUCGAAACGGCGCGGCUUCAUGCAAGUCAGAGGCCGGAGGCAUGGGCGGCCGCGGGUCUCACUGAGCCGCUACCCACUCACAAACUGCUCAACGGCUCGUAA